AUGAACUACCUCCGCAGCACGCUCAACACGCUACGCGACACGUACGCCCCGGUCACGCACACGUCGACGUUCCGCGCAACGGGGCAGAUAACGCCCGAGGAGUUUGUCGCCGCGGGCGACUUCCUGGUGUACAAGUUCCCGUCGUGGGCGUGGGCGGACGCGGCGUCGCCCGCCAAGCGCGUCAGCUACCUGCCCGAGGGCAAGCAGUUCCUGGUGACGCGCGGGGUGCCGUGCCAGCGGCGGCUGGAUGACAACUUUGCGGGCGAGGGCGGCGACGAGGGCACGGUUGUCGGGGACGGGUUUGCGGGCGGGGCGGGGGGCGAGGGCGACGACGACGGCUGGUUCCGCACCGGUGGCAGCGGGAGGGGCGAUCUGGGCGCGAGCCAGGAAGCCGCGAGGGUGAGGACCGUGGAUGAGAGGGGUGAGGUCGAUGUGGAUGCUGUUGAGGUUGAGGAGGAGAUUCCGGAUAUGGAGGAUGAGGAGGAUGAUGAGGAGGCCAUCAUCCGUGAUACCAAGGCCGCGGGCACCACGGCGCCCCUCCGCACCUACACGCUCUACAUCACCUACACGCCCUACUACCGGACACCGCGGCUGUACCUGUCGGGGUACCAGUCGGCGUCGGAGCCGCUGGCGCCGGAGCAGAUGAUGGAGGACAUAGUGGGCGACUACAAGGACAAGACGGUGACGCUGGAGGACUUCCCCUUCUUCGAGACGGGCAUCAAGAUGGCGUCGGUGCACCCGUGCAAGCACGCCUCGGUCAUGAAGGUUCUGCUGGACCGGGCGGACGCGGCGCUGAAGCUGCGGCUGGCCAAGAUCCGGGCGGGCCAGCAGGACGCGGCCAAGGGCGGCAUGGGCAUGGAGGGGCUGGCCGAGCAGCUCGAGGGCGUGCACGUCUCUGCCGACGCGAGGCGCGACGACCUGCGCGACGUCGACGCCGCCAAGAAGCACGCGGACGGCGAUGAGUGGGAGGUCCUGGACGAGGCGCACGCGCCCGAGGAGGACGACGUCGCUAUCCGCGUCGACCAGUACCUCGUCGUCUUCCUGAAGUUUAUGGCCAGCGUCACGCCGGGCAUCGAGCACGACUUCACGAUGGGCGUAUAG